CUGUAGUUGAAUUGUCUGUCGCGCGUUGUCAUUGACAUACGCAAAUGGAGACGCUCCCCUUGCCACCAUCACCGGAUGGACUGGCCCCGUUAGAUGUGAAAGAGGAUGUGGCUCACCUUCAGGAACGGACAACUCACGAGGAAGCUGAUCCCAUGCUUCUUGAGGUCAUGCAGCAAUUUCAUGAGUCUCUCUCGAAGCAGCUGGAUGCCUUGAGUGCUCGUAUUGAGCGGAUGUGUGACUUCAUCCAUGUCCGCAUGGCGCCUGACAUGCUGCACGACGAUCAAUUGGAGCACAGUUUGAAGCAGCUGAAGUCGCCCCACUCCUCCUCCUCCUCCGAAAGCGAAAGGCCGCGCAAAGCUGCGUCUAAGACUUCCAUGCCUCCCAAGGUUGCGAGGAGAGAAAAGAAGGUGCCCACCCAAAUUUUGGCGAUGGAGGCGCUGGAGAUGGAUAUCUCCAAUAAGGUGAUCGGGUGGAAGCGACAAACCUCAAACAGCCCUGGAGUCUCCACGAGCGCAGAGGCCUUCCUACAGGGCCCGAUGCGAAGGCACAGCUCUGACAAGCGAAGGGCCAACCUGCAGGAUCUUCAGGAGGGUGAGGCAAAUGUGCAGCACCUUUGUGUGCCUGUGCCCGGCGUGGUGCCAGAGCCCUCGCGAGCAAAAGAGUCAAAGGAGGAAGAGCGCGCAAGCGCGGCAAGCGGGGCAAGCGCGGCAAGGCAUAGCUGCCCAGCUCCUGGAGCCCGGAUGGAGGCCAUCGCUUCGGCAAAUGAAGACGAGGGUUCGUUGCAGGCGUCGCCCAAGUCGAAGAGGCGCGUCAGCAGCGUGGCAUCGACACACAAUUUGAGGGAUGUAUUCAAAGCAAAGGAGAAUCAGCUCGCAGCAGACCUGUUCCAAGGACGGGACUUGACACCAGCUGAAGAUGACGAGUUGGAGGUAGAUGAGGGUUCUUCAGCUCAUCUGGCGCCACGGGGUCAUCAGUGGCUAAAGCUGAGCUUUCUGGAUACCUUUGUGAGUGUCUACGCCUCACGUGUUCUUGGGCUGGUGCCGUGGUGCCGCAUGGAUGCUCAUAGCAGUUGGCAUAGCCGUGCUGGUGCUAUGUUUUCCAGGCUGUAUCACAUCCUCAUCGUAUUGGGCUUGAUCGCACAUAUAGUGAGCAUGGUAAGCCACUUGAGCUUCUGCUACAUGAACUCCGAUGAUGACUGGUGCCUGAGCUCAUCAUGGCCUCCAGCGGCAGUGGAUCUGGGCUUGUUUAUCGGGGCCCUUUUGGUGUUGCUGAGCUGUGGUGGUAUCAGGUACGAGGAGAACACAGAACUUACAGCACGGAGCUUGCGGGAACUACACGUGUAUUGUGAGCAAACUGACCUGGAUGUUCAGUGGAAGAUCUGGAGCUGUUGCGAUGCUUUGAGGUGUGUGCUGCUGUGGCUCAUGAUCAACGCGGGCCGCUGGUAUUUGUACGCUUUCAUGGUGCAUGAAGAAGGCAGAAACGACGGGAGCUUUACUGGCCGAGGAGCCAUGAGUUACUUCAUCACUGGAAGCUGGAGCACGUGCAUCCUCGUGGUGGCGAGCUUUUGGCAGGUCAAGACUUCCCAUGCAAUGCUCCUUAUUGUCAACUCUUGGAGCGCCUGGUUGGUGGGUGGUGCAAGCUGCGCUGAAGCUCAGAUCAUUCGGAUCUUCCUUUGUUCUUGCCGAAGCCACACCCUAAAAGGUUGGGUCGCGCCUGGCUCUGCUUGUCAACGAGAACUGCUUGAUUUGUGCAAAGGACUAGGACCACUGCGAUUGAUGGUACAGAAGAGGAAGCAAAGCGCCAGUGGCGACGCGUUAGUGGUCUCUUCCGAAGGACCUCCCGGACCUUUGAGCGAUGCUUUGCUGCGCUGGGCUCCACGAUCGUGAUACUCCUGUUGAUGGCUCUCUAUGAUCUCCGCCAAGGACGAGAUCUCCAAAUCCUGGCGAGUUGCAUCAUGGCCUUUUUCUUGCCGGGCGUCCUGUUGACCCAUGCUUCGACCACAACCGCUUGCAACCGGCUACCGUCUUUGGUGACCCUGUGCGAAGCAGAUGAGGACGAGGAGGAUGAGUACAUGGAUCUUGCGAUGUUCCUGUCCUUGAGCGAGUGCGGCUUCUUCAUGUGGGACACCUGUGUUAGUCUUGGACUCGUGCAGAAGUUCUUGUACUUCACUGGGGCCAUUGCUGGUAGCAUUGGUUUCCAAGUCGGGGCCUUCAACUUCACUGCCUGACUGACUCUUAAAUCGCUGAAAUAAGCGAAAACCACUGAUGCAACCAAUGCGAUCUAAAAAGAUCAGACUUCUGACUGAGAUGGCCGGUAUGGUCGAACAUCGAGUGCCCAGCAAUCCUGGAGCUCAGUGCAGGUGGAAAUGCUGCCAAUAAUUUUCUCCAGUUCCCUGACAUGUGCGAAGCACUGUAUCACUUAUACUUGAACUUAUCUCCGUGUUCUUCUCCCAAGUUGCGCCGCUACGAACAGCUGUGGCUAACACAUGGCAUCAGCAAGGGA